AUGCACGUAAAAAAACUCCUUCGUGUCCUCGGCCGUGAUAUACCCGGCGGCCCCAGCGUCCAUGAUGCGGAAACAUUACGCAAGCAUGUGUCAUGUCCUUUGGAGCAGACUGUGGCGAUCGCCGUCGCCGUGCUUCGUCUGCAUAUGCCACCUGCCCCAUGCCGGCAGGAAUAUCUCUUGUGCCAGUGUGGCCAUCCGUGUCCCUCUCAUCGCCGUCUUCGUCGGACGGGGGUGUGGGGCGACAGCGGCGGUGCGACGACAAGCUGCGGAGUGUCACACGACCUCCGCCCAACCGCGCCACGUGGUGCCGCAGAGUCCGUCGCACCCGCUAAGCAAAGCCACUGUAACCAACAAAGUUUUGUAGCUCCUGCAGGUGGCGCAAGGCGGGGGCGGCGGGGCAGCAAACUUUGA